AUGAAAAUACCACUACCUCAGAACACACAUCAACUGAAAAUCAUACUACUUCUACUUACCACAGCAAGUCUUGUUGGUCCUGCAUCAGCGUUUGAAGUCUUUACAACCAGAUCUUCUGACUCAGACGAUGACUUAAAUCAAUGUUCAUUCCCACCAAAAGCUCAUUUAAAUUACUGUUCAUACAUUGAGCAGAAUUGCAAUGUGUCGUAUUUCAAGCUAGCUCAAUUGUACUACUGCCAAUUCCACAAUGUUGCUUCAUUGAUCUUCAUCUCAUCGUCUAUUUUGUUUUCGCUAUGUUUGAUACUAUUGUCAUUGAGUAUCCUAGUUUCCAACUACUUGUUCCGGAACUUGAAUGAAUUGACGAUCAAGCUAGGUUUGAAUAAUCAAAUCUUGAGUUUCAUUUUGAUUCCGUUGACGAAUUCACUAGCCGACUUGAUCAAUUACCACAUUGCCUUGGAUCAAGGAAGCAGCAACUUGGUCAUUGGCCAAUUAAUGGGUAGUAUCUUGAUUAUGUUUACUGUCAUCAUCGGAUCGAUAGCGGUCCUAACCCGGGGAUUUAAAGUGGAGCACCCCAAGAUUUUGAUCAUUGACUUGGGCUGGAUAUUGGCGGUGCUUGUCCUUUUCGCGUACAUUUUAUCCGAUGGCAAGAUUAAUCAGUUGGAAUGUAUUAUUAUGUGUUGCGUUUAUGUCAGUUAUGUUGUUUUUUUAAGUAUAUUUGAUAAGGAGAAGUUGCGAGACUACGAUGAAGAGUUGUUGAUUGAACAUCAAGAUGGUGAGGAUAAUGCCGAACAAGGUGAGUAUGGUGAAGGGUAUGGGUACCCGCGCAUAUUGGAACAACCUUAUAAUGUCGAAGACGCAUUGGAAAUCAUAUCGAAUGAUGAGCAUAGUUAUGGAUCAGUUAGAAGCAUUUCAAGAAGCGUGUCGCCACUUAACUCGCCAAGGAAUUCCCCCGUUUCAAGUCCCUUGGGUUCAAAAGUUGCUUCUCCUGCACAUGUUAGUCCAUUAACUUCACCACUACCUGUAUCUUCAAUUGCACCAAGUCAAAGUUUACCAAAUAUUGGUACAGUGGAGGGCCAGGGCCAGGGCCAGGGUCAAAACCACGGCGAUGAAGAGCACCACAAUAAUGACGUUAUUGAUGAAGCUGUUGAUUACUUGUCAGUACAUUAUAUCCCUAAGGAUCACAACACCCUGCCACCAGUUCCAUCACGACCCCAAUAUCACUCAAACUCAAGACAAUCGCUGUAUCGUCUGCAAUCACACCGACAACAUAGCCAUCACCAGCCUUUCCCCAAACGAUUGUUGACAUUAACUUUCCAAUACAUUUGCAAUUUGAUUGAGUUUGUUUUCAUAUUCCUAAUUCCAUUCCAUCGCUGUAUUGAGUUUGAAGAUUCUCAAUGGAAGACUCAAUUACGUCAACACAAGUAUCUACCUGUGUGGUAUCUAUUUGAAACGCCAUUACUUUACAAUUACCAAUUCAUUCGUUUCGAUUUACAGUUGUUUCUACCAGUCGUUGUUAUAUCGAUCCUAAUUACACUAUAUUUGAAAAGGUUCAUCAACAUGAACACCAAAAUUGUACUUGUAUCAAUUGUGGGUACAUUGAACAGUUUAAUCAUCAUUUCAAACAUUUCCAUCUACAUUUUACAAAUCCUCAAGAAUUUGGGUUUGAUUUGGAAAAUCUCCGACUACAUUCUUGGACUACUUGUGUUUUCCAUCAGUAAUUCAAUCAAUGACGUGAUUACUAAUAUAACGUUGGCGACAAAGAUCAAUCCCAUAUUGGGUAUAAACUCCUGUUUGGGCACUCCGUUGUUGAUUAUAUUGUUAGGCGUGGGAUUCAACGGGCUCUUGGUUAUAGAAAAGUCGGGUGUGACUUCAAUCAAGUUUGAUUUGAAGCCAAGUGUGAUUUUGAGCACCACUGCAUUGAUCGUUACUGUAGCAUUCAUUUUGGUGUAUCUACCAGCAAAGAAAUGGAGGUUUGAUCGAACUUUGGGAGUUGCUUUGGUUAGUUGGUAUUUAUUAGUUGCCCUGAUCAAUCUAUACUUGGAGUAG